CGCUGAAGGCGAGAGUCCCAGGAAUUCAGGGGACGUUCAGUUAAAAAAAAUCUCAAGCAUCUCCCGUUUCGACGUGAGAUCUGGAACGUAGUUUGCGUCGGACUGCUAGUGGGCAGUAUUACUGCUUGUUGUGAUUACUGGAUUUUGGGGCUGUAUACUGCGCCAUCUUGAGACUUCUUUUUCUCCCCCCCCCCCUCAUCUGAAAGAUUCCGGGGGGUUUAAAGGAUAUCUCGUUUGCUCUUCUACUCGGUCUGCUGGGCCUGUAGAAGGCGGCCAAAUUAAAACUUAGUGAACCCCUCCCCCCCCCCCUUGGUUGUUUGCUCCCACAACCACAAAAAAAAAGAAAAAUCACCCCCUUUUUAAGAAAAAGUGAUUGAUAGGAUCGAGCAUGAGUAUCGAAACACUGCUGGAAGCUGCAAUGUUUUUGGAAUUGCAAGCGCAACAACAGAAAACACGUGAAGAACAUGAGAAACGAGACAAGUUCCAUUUGGAUAGGGAGCCAGAAUGUAAAAGAACAGACAUGGAAAUAAUCAACAACGUACUCCACAUAGAAGAGGUUAAACCUGAACUUCAAACUGUCCCUGCACUUCCAGUGCCGAAACCAUUGCUUCCUCCAGCUGUUGCUGCUACAAUCGUCGUGCCUCAUGUGGUCAGUCCUUCCCUCGCUCCGUCCCCACUCCCCCCGCAAGUUGUACAGCAUCAUCAACCAGUCGUGAGCCCUACCAACAGCACCAGAGAAAUUUCCCAAUCCCCACCAGUGCUUCAUCGAUCUCCGAUCUCUGCACUCACUGACCCACAGCCUGGUCCACCGUUGGUGAGCAGCUCACCCCAGCAGUUUACAAGUUCAGUGUUGACGAUCCCACCGCAUCAUGUCAUCCAGCCGUCGGCCCUACAGCAGCAACCAAGUGGCCUUAAGCCAAGUUCAGUUGAUGAUGGAAAGCCCCAGGAUCAAAAGAGAAGGCCAGGAGGGGCAGGAACACGAGAAGUGCACAAUAAACUGGAGAAGAACAGACGAGCUCAUUUAAAGGAAUGCUUUGAAACACUGAAAAAGAACAUUCCUAAUCUGGAUGACAAGAAAACCUCAAACCUAAGUGUUUUGCGGAGUGCCUUGCGAUAUAUUCAGACUUUAAAAAGGAAAGAGAAGGAAUAUGAGCACGAAAUGGAGCGCCUUGCAAGAGAGAAAAUUGCCACCCAGCAACGUUUAGCAGAUUUGAAGAAUGAACUGAGCCAAUGGAUGGACAUUCUUGAAGUGGAUCGCAUUCUUCGCCAAACCGUACAACCAGAGGAUGACCAAGCUUCUACCUCAACCGCAUCCGAGGGUGAAGACAAUAUCGAUGAUGAUAUUGACGAUAUGAGACCCAUAAACUCACUAUUACAAACGCCUCACUGCUCACAUCAGGACUUGCUUAAAGCUGUAUCCUCUCCUAUUGCUCACCAGUCAUCGUUCCUGCCUCCACAUUUGGCUGUCCAGCAGAAGCUGCCUCAAACCCAGGCACAAGUGCAAAUCCAGCCCCAGGCUUUAGCUCCAUCACAGACUGUAGUGCCAGCUCAGACUCAUAUUGUGACGGCAUCAACGCUACAACCAACUGUUAUUGCCCAUGCUGCACCUGCUUCCCAUGCGUCUGUGAUUCACACAGCUGUCAAUCAUGUUAUCCAAGCUUCUCAAGCGAAACACAUUGCUCACAUUGCACCUGCGACCUCCAGCUCUGUCCAGCUGACCACUGCUGCUCAACCUAUUGGCCACAUCACUGUGCACCCAGCCACCUUAAGCCAUAUGGCUCACCUUGGUCAACAGCUUCCCACUAUCUAUCCACAGCCAAUGACAGUGAACCAGCCAGUCGUGAGUCACCUCACUCACGCCAUCACCCACCAGCAAGUAAACGGCACCGCGCCUGUUGGCCAGCAGGCCGUUGUGACAAAGCAAGCUAUGGGUCCUCAAGUAGUGCACCAGCAGAUAGUGGGCCAAACAGUCCUGAACCCUGUCACAAUGGUGACCAUGCCAUCGUUUCCUGUGAGCACUUUGAAGCUGGCGUAAACUUGGCCAACGCUCAGCCCUGAGCGAUUUUAAAAGACUCUUUCCCUUGGUUCUCCAAUACAUUCCCAGCAACAAAUUACAGGCAAGGGAAAGAAAGGCGACUUCAGAAGACAAAGACUUUGGAAAAAAACUAUACGUCAUGCUCCCAAGUUGGCAGUGGGAAAGGAAUGGACAUUGCAGAACAUUAACUAAUCAGAGCGACAUGGAAUGACAACUGCCCUUAGUGACCUUUUGUGUGUGUGUGUGUGUGUGUGUGUAUGUAUGUAUGUGUGUGUGUGUGUGUAUGUAUGUGUGUGUGUGUUUUGUAAUUGGUGAAUUUAAAAAGAUGUUAGCAAGACUUUUAUUUUGUUUCCUCCCCUCCCCUGCCCCUUCAUGUUGUAUUGUUCCAGGAAACAAUUGCUGGACAGAUGUCACCAUGAUCGGACAGAGGGGUCUAAAAAGCAAAAACAUGAAAUCUUGCAAACGAAUGCCUUGGUGAAGUUGAGCUUCACUAGAUGAUGUUGAUAUACUGAGUUAAAUUAACAAAGAUAAGACAUUUGUCAAGCCUUUGAAUUUACCUGUGUGUAUGUAAGUUGAAACACAGUGGUCUGCUGGACCAGGCCUGGAUGUAUUGCAGGAGGCCCAAGACAGAGCCAAUGUGUCUGUCCCCAGCUUUUUGAAUAUUUGUUUUUAAAGUUGCUUAGUCAAGACCAGUAAGGGUUUAAAAAAAAAAACUAGUUGUUGUGGUGUUUAAUUUAAAUUCACCCUUUGGAAAGGUCAUUAAUUGGCUGCUGUAACAAAAGACUUACAUACGUUCUCGCAAUCUGUAAGAAGUCCUGGCUAUGGUGAAUAGUUGUUGUUAGGUGGUAGAAGGGGAAGGGAGGAGAGAAGUUAAUGACGUGCUGCAGUCCUGUUUGUAGCUGUGUCCAUUGGACUGAGUGGCUUUCUAAGUUUAAAGUGAAUUUAAGUGUAUGAAUUGUCUAAGACUGACAUCAUUACUGUGUGUGCUAUAAAGACAGUGUCUGUCAUAUGGGGACCAUUUUUUUAAAAAUAGAUUUUUUUGCAAUAAAAUUUUCUGCUUUCUUUGAUUUAGGCUCAGAAUGGGUCUGAUUGGAAAAUAUAUAAAUGGAUCUGAUUUAUAAACCAAAUUGGUUAUGCUGAGGUGUUUCCCUCACCAGAUGGCUUCUUUGGAUGAUUCUACCUUGAAGAAGUCCCUAUGUUUUAAGUAUCUUGGGGUGUAUACUUUGUAUGUAUUGUUAAAGAAAUGUUCUUCCAGGUUCCUGGAGAGGUUUAUUAUUAAGUUUACUCAAACAACAACAAAGUAGAACCCCUCCUCCCAUUUCUUUUCUAUAAAAUACAGAGAUGUCUCAGGUAUCUUCAGUGUGGUUCCAAUCAUGAGCUUCUCAUUUUUUUUGAAUCAUGUAACUACUUGAAAAUGUUGUGCUUCACACUAACCUGGUCUAAAAAUGCAAAGUAGAAGUGUCAAAUCAGAACUUGUUUCCGCAAACAUUCUCUGAGCAAAUUGAAUCAUGGGCUCAUUGUCUGUCUGGGUGCUGAUUUCAGUGUAAACUCUUGUCAUGGGAUCAUAAUAUUGCUAAGGAACAUUCAAGUGGAAGGUUCAGAACCAUGAACACGUGGACACCCUGCUCAGUUUCUUGAAUGCCAACUCUACCCAGUUACUGCUGUUCAGUUUUUUUUCCAUAAGUUGAGUGUUUUGCACAGAUGCUUCCAUUUUAUUUGUAAUUACAGAGUUUGCUGCAGUGAGCCACUGACCAGCUCAAAAUGUUAAGUCAGUGUGGAGUUUCUAAUUUAUGGUGAAGGUUAUUAUUAAGUCAUGUUGCUUCACAAUUCCACUGUUUGCUUGUAUGAAAUAGCAAUUUUUAAAAUUAAAUGUGUGUACUUUUUUAAAAUUCCAGGGUACCUCUAUUCCCAUUAUUACCACUGGUGAAAAUAGGUUCUCAGAACUUUUUUUAAUACCUUAUACCCUGAUUCAUAGCUUACUGGUAUAUGGUGACAUAGUGAUGCAGCAACGGGUUCAAAUGAAGUUACGUGCCAGGGAGAAAAGCAGUAGUUUAUUUGUUUUCUCUGAACCUCAGUCUGUGGCAGUACAUUACAAUUGAAGCAUUAUCUUCCUAUAUCACCCUGUUAAAGUACUUUUUUCAGCUUGUUUAUGUGUAUAGAACUUUAGAUAAUGUGACAUGCCCCUGACUGUUCUGCCCAACAUCAGCAGUCAGUUCUUACAUCUCCUUUCUAUUUUUGUCUGUGUAUUUCUCCUUUUCAGUUCUUCCCCAAACCUCAAUACAUGGUACCUGUGAUUGACAAUUCAACUGUGAAGGAAUCACAGCCCAGUCUAAUUCUUCCUUCAGCUUAGUGAAUCCAUAUUUUUUUCAGAGUUUCAGGACUACAAUUUUUAUUUUUCUCCUUUCAGUCUCCCUAAUCUGGGUUUAAACCUGGGGAUUUUCUGUAGUGUGACAGCUCUGAAUUAUGUCAGGGAGUGCACUUAACCCACUAAACAUGCUGUGGAGUUAGCUAUAGGUAUUCUUUUUUUAAAUCAAUGUUUAAGUGCUGCAGUUAAGGCACAGACACAAGUUUCUCCAUCUUUUCAAUGAUGCAAUUACAAACUAUCACAAUUUCUAUGUUGUGAUGAGUGAAUGUCACUGAGUAUUUGACUCUGAGUCAUAGGCAGGGACUUGAGGCUGGGGUUGUAUUGCAGGAUUCACCUGCUAUUAUCAGUGUUUGAUCAUUUGCAAUUGGGCUACUGUUUUCUAAAUAUUUGCAUAACAAAAUAUGGAGAUGUUCUGAACUGAAGAAACUAUUGUCUUAUUUGACCUGUAGCCCUCAAAAUUUUACCUCUGGCUAACGAUGAAGGAAACAGUCUGGUAAACUAUACACAGUAAUGGAAUAAUCAUUUUUGACUGUUUAAUACAAGGAUUUAUUAGAUGUGAAGCUUGUAGGUGAAUCUAAAGUGAGCUCUGUUUCAGUUUAUUUAUCCUUUUAUCAAAAUGGAAUCUCUUGGUGUUUUCCACAUUCACGUGUCCCAUGCCUAAGCUUUCGAUACUUGGGUAAGUUAUGAAAGUUGUGUAACUAUAUUGUAUGUCCAUAUUGUCAUUUUUGGAAGGCAUUUGUGUGGUGAGCUCUAUAUAAAUCUGCCGGGCAUUGAAGAUUAACCCUUCAGGAGUUGACAUUCAUCACUAUUUUCAGGGAUAUUAAUAAUAACAACCCACCUUCCUGUUUACUGUUCAAAAAUAUCUGAGCAGAAAAAAUAGAUUUCAGCCAUAGCAGCAUUGGGCAGGUGGAAAAUAACCUCUCGCCAUCCAGCUACUUCUUCUGUAGAGUCCAUGUUUGUGUUUGAGCAUAGGAUCCUGUACAACUCUGAUGUCUCUGUAGUUGAUCAAUUUGCUGACACUUGCUGGCUAGAUUUUCACGCGAAGGAGGGUGGCUUGACAAAGGUACUGCGGGGCUCUCGAUCCACCUGCAACAUCUUUUGAGAGAGGAGAUCAUAACUGGAGGGGGAGGGGGGGUGAAUUUAAUUCUACCAAACGCACUGAGUGGGAAGCAUUAAAAAUUCUGCUGGCUGAUGGUGCAACAAAGUUGUAAUCAGCCAGUGAAGAUUUCCACAGCUUGACAUUUUAAUUUAAGUGACAAAUACUUUAUUCACAAAUGCAACUAUGAUCUCUGAAUGCUUUAUUACUUCAAAAAAAAUAGGAACCUCCUUUCAACCUUUUGCUUGAGGGACAAAUGGAAAAUUUUGAAUCUGAGAUUUGUAUUGUCCUGAUAUCAUUAGUUUAUUAUUUCAUUGGAGUUUAAUUCUGUUGUAGAGGUUUAAUUUGAAAGGAGAGAUUAAUCUUGUUAAUCCAUUAAACAAGUGUUGUGAGAAGAUUGUUUAAAAGCAGCUAUCCCCUGAAAGGUUUUGAGAACAGGGCUGCAGGUAAAAAAUGUGUAUUAAGUUUAAAAUGAGCUUUGUUUCCGUUUAUUUGUCAUUUUAUCAAAGUUUGACUUCUUGGUGCUUUCCUAACUAUGUGCCCUGUGCCUAAACUCUCCCUAUUUGGCUAAGUGGUUUACAUCCCUUUUCGCAAAAGAGAAUGCACUUAAUAUCUGGCAACCAAGAAACACUAGCUGCUUCUAUUUUGCACUAAGAACCGUAUUGGUGACACCAGCUCCUAAUCUGUCGCUCUCGCACAGUGCCCGGCUGAUACCCGAAAGUUAAACUUGCUGGAAUUUACGAAGGAUGUCAGCCAGGAGAACUUUAUUUUUGAAAUCACGCUGCAGCCAGCUAUGAUUAGGAGCUCCUGUAGCUAGGGCAGGUCUCACAUUGUACAGAAGCAGCAUCUACCUGUGGUGGGUUCCUCUGUAACUUGAUUCACAGCCUAUUGAGCAUGGGUGAUUGGGGCUUUGUGCACAUCAGAUACCAGGCUAACCAAAAAAGAAAUGACUGGGUCUAUAUCUGAAAUGAAAGAAAGCAGAACAAUUUCCCCCCCAUUAGAGAGACAUUACUUUUUAUUAUUAAUGUUUAUAGUGAAUUACUUCACUGUGCAACAGCUUUUGUUUAAAAUAUUGAGGGGAAAAAAGUUUUUAAAAAAUCUUUUCUGUGAAGAUUUUUGAAGUGUUUGAAUGGACCAGGUGUGUGAAAAAUAACAGUGGAUUUUUGUAUAUAAUGUAUUUUUACUAUCUAGCUGUAAUAUAAUGGCUUUCAUUCAAAACAUUCAGUAUCAAUGUGUAUAAUAUUCUCAUACCCAUCUAUCAAGCAAGAUGCACUUGCCUCAGAUACUAUAAAAAUAAAGAUACACCUGCACUGAC